GGUAUGGGACCUAAAGUCCAAGGUUUGGAUUCAUCCUUUUGAAAAUAUCUGAACCAAAGCAGCUGGCAAAGGCAAAACUCUUCUUGGAGCUACACUGCUCAGCUAGCAGCCAACCAUUCACUGAUGCAGAGUCUAUACUGUAUGUAGAUCUAUGCUUCCCCCUACCUUCAUGUUUCAACACCGUGCAAGUUGAGGCUACUCAAGUUUCUAUUCCUGGUUGCGACACGAUGAUGAAUGGUUUUCCGGCAAAGUCUGCGGUGAUUGCAGCCCUACUAGUAGUGUUGCUUCUAAUGGGGGCCUUUCCAGCAGCUUCUGCAUCAAUUCCAGUUGGUGGCAAGGAAUAUGGCUCAGUAAGAACAUUGUCAAUGAGAGAAGGUUGCUUUGGAAAUAGAUGUCAAAGAAUGGACCUUUUCUAUAAUAAAGGCAGCCAAAAGCUGGACUUGAGUUUGAGGAGGCUGCAGCAAUCUAGACAUCAGCCACCACCUGCACCUUCCAGAAAUGGAUUUCAUAUAUGGUCUGUUCCCCCAGCUCCACCACCUCCAGCACAAUUACACCCCUAAAAUGUUGCUGUCUAUUUAAUUCUGUGUAAUAUAUUUUCCCUUAAUGAAAUAAAUAAACCCAUUUAUAUAUCAAUUCAAUCAUAUUCAACUC